AUGAUAACCCAGCCUUCAAACCAGCAGCCUCGCGAAGAAUCCGAGCCAGUAUCGGACGACGAGACCAACAGAUCCAACGCAAUGAGACACGUCGCCACGACACAAGAGGCAACCCCCCUGACCUGUCAACACAGAAACACCGAGCCCGUCUGGAAAUCCGACUUAAGGACCGGCAUGAGCACUAAGAGACCAAAGAACCUCUCCGCCCUAUUUGAAAUGAAGCAACUCGAGGACGAACCGCUACUGAGUUAUCUGGAUAGAUUCAAGAGCGCGCUGCUUGACCUCGACGAGAUUCCCGGAGCACCCCAAAUCUCAGAACCAGUACUUGUCCAAGCCCUCGGAAACGGACUCCAGUACGAAUCUGGAUUUUGGGAAGACCUCCGUCUCUGCCCCCUCCCGACCUUGAAGGACGCCUUCCUUCGCGCCGAAAACUACAUUCGCAUCGAGCAAGAUAUCCCGCAGCUACGCUUCGACCCAAAAGAUCCUCGGAUCCAGUUGAGAAACAAGAGAAGGUCAUCAUCCCUCCACCCAGGAAAAUCCAUGCAUAAAGCAUCAAGAUGCCGUCACGAAUCAUCCCCUUGCCGAGAUGAUACUCCUGUCUACGACGACGAGACCGGAAGAAACGUGGAGAAUCGUGGGAGGACCGAACGCCAUGCAUCUCCGCAGUGUGCAUUCUCAGAUCAAAAGAUAUUCGAGAUUAUUGUUGACAUUCGGAGGACCCCCUUUGACGAGCCGCCUCUCCGAGCCAUGAGAAGACAGAAAUACACAUCGCCGCAAGAACAAAGCGCACACUUCUACCAAGCCCUCGCCGAACACUUGCGCGGCGACGCCGUAACACGGUUCAGCAACCUCCGGGCCGACUCCAUCGACAACUUCGACGAUCUGGCAGCUGCCUUCCUAAAGCAACACCUCCGUUUCGCACUAGACGACCUCAUCUUUUGCAAAACCGAUGAUGAUACGAUCUACGGUCUCGGCAAAUUCGGCUUCGAUUGGGAAGGACCAUUCCGCAUCGCGAAAGUUGUCAAGCCAGGAGUCUAUCAGCUGGAAGACAACUUAGGCAUCACGUCCGAUCGGCUCUGGAGCUCCUCGGAUCUGCGCAAGUUUCACGACUAG